AGGGCGGGGCAGGCUCGCCGGCAGCCAAACAGCACCUCAUUGUGCUCGCACACCAGGCACCGGGAGACGCAUUCAUGUCUUGACGCACACGCUUGUGCCCACGGCCACACCACUCGAGUGGCAACGUCUCGUCGAGGGACCCCCCUCCCCGUAUCGUACCUCAAGGACGUUGGACCGGCUGAUCUGCUGAGACUGCCGAAGACAAGACAGGAAGACCCCGCUUUAAGAUCACCUGCACAGUGACCUCAUCACCUGAAAGCAAAGGACUAAGCAGGGGAACCCAUUUGAAGACGUACACUCGACAAGCAGAGUCUUCUUUCCAGCGCGGCAGGUGCGUUCGAGCGAGAUGGCCACAACGGGCAUGCAGCUGGUCGGCCUCAUCAUGUCCAUCCUGGGCUGGGUGGCCGGGGCGGUGGUGAUCCUGGUGCCGCUGUGGCGGGUCACCGCCUUCAUCGGCAACAACUUGGUGACCGCUCAGAUCAUCUGGGAAGGCCUGUGGAUGACUUGCAUCGUGCAGAGCACGGGUCAGAUCCAGUGCAAGGUCUACGACAGCAUGCUGGCGCUGCCCAGCGACAUGCAGGCCGCCCGCGGCCUGACGGUGCUCUCGGUCAUGCUGUGCGCCGUGGCCCUGGCUCUCGGGGUGCUCGGGGUCAAGUGCACCAAGUGCGUGGGGCUCAGCAGCCUCAAGGCACGCAUCGCCCGUAUCUCGGGGGUACUCUUUGCCGUGGCCGGCUUUCUCUUCCUGGUGCCCGUCUGCUGGACCGCCCACUCCAUCAUCCGGGAUUUUUACGACCCGCAUGUAGCCGCCCCGCACAAGCGUGAACUGGGCCCGGGGCUCUAUGUGGGCUGGGGGGCGGCAGCAUUGCUCCUGGUCGGUGGCUCUCUGCUGUACGCCGGCUCCAGUCCGCCCGGCGCGCCCGGCUCACCCGCCUUCAGUAGCGGAGAAAGCAGCCCCCGUCGGGCACCCGCCUCGCAGGUCAAAGGCUACGUCUAACACCGCCGGCCGGCCGGCUCCGAGAUCCGUGACGAUGAGCCUGUUUCACCCCCCUCUUGAUAUUUAAUAUUUCCCAGCAGGCUUAGAGAAAAUUGAACUCCAUGUAUGAUCAAAUAACCUUUUCCUCCAUGUAUGUAUGCCAUUGUAAAUUACAAUAAAACAUUUGGCCUUUA